AUGUUCUUCGGUUUUAAUCCCAGCAGUUGAAGAAGAUAGCUGGACAUAAUUACGUCACGGCGACGCUGCUUUUUCUACAUUAAACUCGAAUUUUAAAUUAAAGUGGCAUUCGGAGAGGGUGGUGAACACCCGCUGGUCGUGCGGGUAAAAACGUUUACUAUACUUGUAUUAUUAUAACCAGAUAGGUUUCAAGUGAGUGCCGUAUGGAAUUAUGUUCUACAUUGAUUCCCAUUAAAACAGCGCGCAUUUCUCUGUCACUUGUCAAGAGACAGAGAGCGCAGACAACCAGGACACGACGUUGAUCACCAGCAGUGGCACGGCACAGGAAGCCGAACAUUGAGGAUAUAUAGUCUAGAUUUUUGUCGGCGUUAAUUAAAAAAAACUGUAUUAGAAAGGUUUCAGUUCCACUGGUUUGGUGUCUGGUAGGACUAGGUUAUUCUAGUUGAUGAAAUGACGGCGAGAUGUUAUAUAAAGCGAAUAACGGAGAUGAGUGUAUACAGAAUAUAACGUUAGGUUCACUAAAAUCACAUGUGAUGCUUAGACUGUACCGAUCUUUAUGGCACAUUAGGUAGCCAGAUAAUACUUGCUGGAUUUUUUUCUUGUAAUUUAAAGGUGAUUUUACAGCUAUAUCUAAUCUCAGAAAGAUUCAACUAGCUAGUUUGGUAGCUGUUGUAAAUGCUGGUCUAUCCAGUAGUGUGCAUUCAAUUUAGCUAAUCGUAGACGGCUGACAAGCUAGCUAAAAUGAUGAGGUAGUAUGCGUAAAAUAAUGCCCAACAUUCUGAACAAUGUUUACUGGAUCAUAGAAUAUAUGUAAUAUUACAAUAUAGAUAGCUAAUUACGUUGGCUAUUAAAUAUAUCGACCUGGCUAUUACCUUUGGUUUUUAUGGGCCUAUAUUCCAAUCUGAUAUAUGCGAAAUGGGCCCACGUCUUAAAUUAGAAAACAAAGAAUUAGGCAGGCUACUUGAGAGGUUAAGCUGAUUACAGUUUUUGCGCGUUUUUAGGAUAGCUGCUGGCUAGCUAGUUUGGAAGUGUAGGAGCUUGCCGCUCUGUGUUCCUAAACCAGGGUCAGUUUUGUAAAUCGACGUUUUCAGUGCCGCCACAAUGGACAGUCAUACCGGGGACGACAUGAGUGUCGGGGAGGUGGAACCCAUGCCUGGCUAUGCGGAUCUAAUAACGAGAGCAUCAACAGUGAUGCCCAGUGCCUUGAGAGGCUGUAGCACUUGCGGUCUAGAGCUCUCCAAAAGGACGCUCCUGGAUAACGCUUAUAUUACCUGGACCGAAAUCGGCCUUUUCUUCAUCUGCGCGGUUAUGUGGACGCAGAUACGACGGGGACUAACAGAAUGCCUGUUCCAGCCGUUUGCACAAUGGUGUAGUCUCCAGCCCAAAGAUUCUGCCAAGAUGCCAGAGAGCUCGUGGAAGCUGGUCUUCUACACCAUGUCCUGGUCAUACAGCACCUACCUGCUUUUCUUCACCAACUACACCUUCUUCCACGACCCGCCCUCCGUAUUCUAUGAAUGGAAGCGUGGCAUGACGGUGCCCACGGACAUCGCCAUCGCCUACCUGAUCCAGGGCAGCUUCUACGGACACUCCAUCUAUGCCACGGUCUACAUGGAUGCCUGGAGGAAGGAUUCUACCGUCAUGGUGGUGCACCACGUCAUCACCCUGGCCCUCAUCACCUUCUCCUACGCUUUCAGAUUCCACAACAUUGGGUUGCUGGUGUUGUUCCUCCACGACAUCAAUGACAUCCAGCUGGAGUUCACCAAGCUCAAUGUAUACUUCAAGACCCGUGGAGGGGGCUACUACCUCAUCAACGACAUCCUGUCCAACAUGGGCUCUGUAAGCUUCAGCAUCACCUGGUUUUGGUUUCGUCUCUACUGGUUUCCUCUGAAGGUUCUGUACGCCACCUGUGUGUCCAGCCUCCAGUCCGUCCCAAACAUACCCUUCUACUUCUUCUUCAAUUCACUCCUCUUGACACUCCUCUGCAUGAAUAUCUACUGGUUUUUGUAUAUAGUGGCAUUUGUGGCGAAAGUCCUGACGGGGCAGAUGAAGGAUGUAAAAGACCUGAGGGAGUACGAGGGUGAGGAGGGAGCCCAGAGGGCCGCAACCCUGCUUAAGGCCCAGCAGCAGAGUAAAGAUGCAGGACAUCUCAACAAUUCUGCUGAAACUCAACUCAACAACUCUACUGAAGGGAAGAACUUGCAGAACGGGAUCACCAAGGAGAAGCAUCUAUAAUGGCCUCUAGCUCUAUCUCCUGGCACUUAACUCUGAAUGCAAGCAACCUACAUUUAGGUCUAAGUGAAUCGGAAAACAUCAAAUUAGAAAAGUGAUAAUUUUUCAUUCCGUUUUGUCAUUGUGUUAUUAUAUCACGUGACCUUUGUCUUAUAUUAACAUUAGAUUUGAAGAAAAAGAAAGGUGUGAGUUAUGUGAAUGUCCUCUCGUGUAGUCUACAGGGGCAUUUAGCAGUCGUGUCAGCUCUAACAAACAUAAGACAAGGUUGAGCUAUUGAUUUUUAGACGUCUAGACCUAUAAAAAAUAAAAGAUAACGUGCACACGUUGGAGGACAGGGCUCUAUUCAGUCUGUCGCUGAAGCGUUACAGAUUGCGAUAUAAAAUGUAAAGGUAAUUCUUUUUUUUUUGCCUUUAAAUUUAAUCACAAUGUAAUGCUGAACUUCCGCAAUACGAAUUGAUUAGAGCCCUAAAGCACUCACAGUCACCAUGUCAAAGGUCCUCUCUAGUAUAGUAUCAGGUUUCAGGUAAGACCCAAGUGCAGACUGUGUAGAAGUAACAAUGUUUAGUGUAACAGGGGCAGGCAAACAACAGGUCAAGGCAGGCAGGGGUUGAUAAUCCAGAGUAGUGGGGCCAAGGUACAGGACGGCAGGCAGGGUCAGACAGGUCGGUAAUCCAGAGUAGUGGGGCCAAGGUACAGGACGGCAGGCAGGGUCAGACAGGUCGGUAAUCCAGAGUAGUGGGGCCAAGGUACAGGACGGCAGGCAGGCUCAGACAGAAGGUCGGUAAUCCAGAGUAGUGGGGCCAAGGUACAGGACGGCAGGCAGGGUCAGACAGAAGGUCGGUAAUCCAGAGUAGUGGGGCCAAGGUACAGGACGGCAGGCAGGGUCAGACAGAAGGUCGGUAAUCCAGAGUAGUGGGGCCAAGGUACAGGACGGCAGGCAGAGUGGUCAGGCAGUUAGGCUCGGAGCCAGGGGUCAAAACCAGGAGAGCGAGAAAAGAGAGACUGGAAACAGCAGGAGCUGAGCCCCAAACCACUGGUAGGCGUGCACAAAUAAGACAGACAGAAAACACAAGUAUAAAUACCCAGGGGAUAAGUGGGGAAGAUGGGUGACACCUGGAGGAGGGUGGCGACAAGCACAAGGACAGGUGAAACAGAUCAGUGCGUGACAUAUAGAGAGAACUGGAUCUGCGUUUUUUAAAGAUCCUUCCUCUAAAAGCCUAGUGGCUUUUUUAAGUUUAUACUCUCUCUUAUUUCAGGAGUGAAGGCUAAAAUACUAAAGGGAACUUUUGCAUCAUGUCACCAUUGUGGGUGAGAGGGUGCAUGUAAGGUGCUGGUUUUGUUUUCCAAACAUGUAUUCAUUUUCUUAUCAUCGCACAGGUCGAUAGUGACCACAUAUACAUUUCUUCAGCCUGACCUGCAAUAUUUGAAGAGCCACAUCGGUGUAGUAUUGAUGUCUUUUAAAUGUGAAUGACUUGUGAACCAAUUACAUUUUACAUUUUUUUUUUUGCUGUUGUUUGAUAGGCAUUUGAAAUAUUGCUUGCAUUCCUGUAUGGAAAAUGCAUUGUCAUAUUUUCUGUUUUUUUAGCUUCUGUUGUCGCACUGAAAUGAAGGCAUACAAGCCGAUAGCUGGUUAAUGAUAGCCGAUGUAGCUGAACUUGAUUGACUGGGUUGAGUAUCAUCCUUAUGAUUUUGGUAAAGAGAUGGAUUUGAAUAAUAACCAAUAUGGUGGUGGUUGUCAGGUUCACAGAAAAAUUUAAGCAAAUGGCCUUUACUUGUGUAAAAGAAGAUACAAAUCAAAUAUGAAAAACAUCCAGAUAUGGUAUUCAGGAAUGCAUGACAUUGCAAUGGUUUUGGAAGAUUCUAUGAAGUCAUAAGAAAAAAACACAAAUUAAGAAAACUACAAACUAUGUAAUCUUAAACUUUUAUCAAUGUGCAGAACUGACUUUAAAAAAGUUAAGUAAUUAGAGCAGACCGUCACACACUCCAAAUGGUUCUGUCUUACAUUUGAAUGUGCCACUGGUUGUGUGUGCCUGUGUUCCGCAACUCUCCAGUUUUUUUCUUUGCUGUGCCUGUGACAUAAGGGGUGCUGUCCUUUUCGAUCAAAUUCAACCUCUUUCGUUUUGAUGAACAGUAUGCUUGUGCUGGAACAGGCCACAGAUGUCGGCAGGUAGAAGUGUCCAUAGUUGUGGAUGUGUCUUCCAGUCCCCAGCACUAGCUACCACUAGUGCCAGUGACUGGGAUUACCUAGAUUUUGAUAUUACAUGCAAUUAUCAUUAUAGAUUUUGUUAAAUUGCUGCUGUUUCUUAAAACACUGUAAUCCAGUCGUGUGUCCCUUUUCCUGUGUAUGCGUUGGUUAAUGGUUUAUAUCUACCAUGGUACUGUCCACAAAGGUGUGCACUUUCCCUCCAUUUCUGUCCAGCUCUCUCCUGGUCUGUCCUCUCCACCACAGACAACCAUCAACAACCAGAUUGGCUUUGAGGUGAAAUUACUCACAGCAAAUUCCCUCUGUUCAAGAAACAGUAUACUCCCCUUUCCCCCCAAAGAAAUUACAUUAGUUUCAGAAAGACUAAUCACUUUUGUAAGUUUUAUUUUGAGGCAGAUCUGGCAGCUUGUGACUAGCAUUAAAUAUAUAGAAGUCCAUCCACAGUUCAGAAUGAAAAUGUGGAAGAAUAAUGAUUCUAUGCGUUGCAUUAAUGCUUUAAUGUGCCAAAAAUGUUGAUCUUUAUCACAAGUGUUCUGAUGAGAUGCCUGGACCUGGGUGGCUAGAAAGAGAUGUUAUAAUGGAUAUGAAGGGUGUAUGCCUCACAGGUGUUUCUUACAAAUUGCACUGUCAUUUAUCGCUGUUUUUUUGAUUGUCAGAAAAUAGGAAUGCAGGUAGAUUUGGGAUUUUUUACAAAUUUCUGAACGUUAAGAAUCAAAUGGUAUGAAAUAGUUAAUUGGUUUUAGGUAAAUAUUUCUUGGACCACUGACACACUGCGAGGUCUCUACCAUCAGCCCCAAGUUUCAAUUUGACCACUUGGGUAUGACAGGUACUGACUUGUAAUAAAACAAUAAUUCCAUUCAACCAGUGUUAUUGUAUUAUGUUUUCCCAUAAAAUAAAAUGUGUUCAUUUGAAAAGAAA